AUGGGCAUCAAAAUCAAGAACGCCACGGAUCACUCGACCAUCGCCAUCAUCAUGUCGUACCUGCCAGCGCCGACCCCGAGCCUCUUUUACCGCCGCGUGCUGGUGCUGCCGCCAGGAACCCGCGACGACAGCCCCACGUGGCAGUGUCCUGGCGUCAUAUACGCCUUUGAACCUCCGAAACACGUGAAUGCGGAGCAAGUUGCUGCGAAACUCCGCCGCGCCAUGGCCCGUUUCAACGUCGUGCGCGCGGGACUGUGCUUUGCUGGGGGCCAACUGAUGGAUUUUCUCGACAUGUUUGGGGGGAUCUUCGAUGCUGUCUUGGAGCUCAUCGUGGAAACUGUGGUGGACAUGCUCACCGACAGCUUGGAGGAUUCUGGCCCGACAGAUGACGAGUCCUGGGACAACAAGAUUAAAGACGCAUUUAGUCACGGUGACGACGCCGGUGACGACGAUGGUGACGAAAAAGAGCGAAAAGACAAGACCAAGAUGGUCCGCAGUAUGUUUUUACUGGGUUUUGGGGGCAUGGGACUCCGCCGCCAGCACUCCCUCGAGCGUCGAAGCAAGGACAACUACGCGCUGUCUAUUCGAGGAGAUGGGAUCGCGUUCUUUAGUUAA